CCAUUUUGUGGAUUAAGCUGUUUUGCAAAACAGCUUCUCAGCUGUUAGUUUUGUCAAACAGGGAGGCAUGGCGAGUUGGGAAAGAGGGAGGGAGAGUAGAGGAGAUAGAGAAUGUAGACAUAUUGAAUGUAAAUAUACAAGUAAUUUGAGAUGAAUCAGUAGAGUAUGGUUGGUAUGUUUUCAUUACUGCUGCUACAACUGCGCAUAAAAGCAUGUGCAAUGCAUUAUGUAUUUAGCACAUGAACCCUAAACUUUUAUUCGCUGAGAAGAGAUGAAAUGGACACUCAGAGUUAAAUAUAAACAAAUUGAGCUACUGCUGCUGCUGCUUUUGUACAUGGGCUCCCUGGAGUUGACUGUAGCACCGCUUAUGGAAACACAGCUCUUUGCUGACACCUCGUUAGCAAGUUGACGCUGCGCAAGUCAUGGAUUCCUGUUGAUUAACAUGAAACUGCUUUUUGGAAGGACCUUUCUGAAUGAGAUGGAGAGAUGGAAGGAAUGCCGAAGAUGGAGGAUCAUGAGGGCAGUAAGGGAGAUGUGUGGAGAGAUACAGUGAUAGAUCUGAAUGAUGGAUACCCCUGGAGACAGAUGGAUACAUACAGAGACUUUGAUCUUUCCAGGGAUGCCAACAGGAGAGUGGGGAGAGAGAGAGCGAGAGAAUGGUCGAGAGAGAGGGGGUAAAGGAAGGGGCUGCAGUAUUAAUGGACAAACCGAAGGGGACAGACGCAUCACUCAAUCAAAAAUACGGAUACACACACAUGAAUCUGCAACGUAUAAGCUAUGUGUUGAAUAUACAUUUGUACUAACAGAGAGAGUUAUUGCAGGCAUUCAUUACACAGUUAUAAUAAUACGGUCAAAUGACAAGAAGCCAAGCAGAGAGAAGAGGAAAACAUAGAUGCUGACAGACUGAGAAAAAUCAAGAGAUAUUUGGAAAAGCUCCACCAUGACAGCAGCUGCAAGACAGUUGGAUGCGUUAUGUCAUCUAACAGCCCAGUCAUUGCCAUCACUUCAGACCGCAGAUCAUUUCAAGGUCGUCAAGCUUCUGGGAGAGGGAUCAUAUGGCAAGGUCAUGCUGGCCGUUCACAAGAAGACAGGUUCUCCAAUGGCCAUGAAGUUCUUUCCCAGAGGGUCCACCUCUCUAAUCUCAUUCUUACGAGAGUACAACCUCUCUCUUGCUUUCUGCACCCACCCAUCACUCACGAAGGCUUUGGGAAUUGUCUACUCCACCCCCUUACACUACGUCUUCGCCCAGCAAGCUGGACUGCAUGGAGACCUGUAUGACGUCAUCAUCCCAGAGGUCGGCAUGGCAGAGGAGAAGGUGCAAAGGGUGGUGUCACAGCUGAGCGGAGCGCUGUCUCAUCUUCACUCCCUGGGAUUCGUCCACAGGGACGUGAAACCUGAGAACAUUUUCCUGUGUGACCAGACCUGCCAGUGGGUCAAACUGGGUGACUUUGGGAUGGCCAAACCCAAGGGUGCGCGGAUCACAGGGUUUUGGUAUGAUUCUCCGUACUGCGUACCGGAAGUGGAGAUGGCGAAGGGCAGGAAGUCAAAAGGAAAGAGCACAACGGGCAAGGGAGCAAAAGGGAUGGGGGUAGCGGCUGGUAAAAACACGGGGAGUAAGGGAGGAGUGGCAGAGAAGAACACAUUUUGGGUGUCAGUAGAUGUGGGUAUAGACAGUUGGGCCCUAGGAAUCCUGAUCUACUCCAUGCUGACCGGGUCUUAUCCUUGGAGAGAAACCUCCUCAGAUGAUCCAGGAUACAGAAAAUACACAGAGUGGUUGGACAGUGAAAGAGACAGACAGGGAGAGAGGGGGGAGGAAAUCAAGUGGAAAGGGCAGGAUUUGGGGAAGUCGGGGUGGAGUAAUGAAGGUGAGAGUCUAGAAUGCGGUCCCGUACCUCCCCAGUUUGCAGUCUUCACCCCACUGGCCUGCAGCCUCUUCCAAGGGCUGCUCUGCCCACAGCCCAGCCUGAGGUCCAUACCUGAGGAUGUCCUCAAAUACCUUGGAGGCACCUGGCUACUCAUGAAAGGAGAGGUGGAAAAAAAAUUGAGCGAGAAAGGAACAGAGAUAGAGAAAGAAAAAGGAGGUAGAACAUAGGGUUAUGCUCAUUGCAUUACAUAAAAAUGACCUGAGGGAAGAUGGGAAGAAACACAAUAUGAGGAAGGUAGGGGAGGGAGGGAGAUGGAUGUAGUCAUGGCUGUAUUAGCCAACAUUUGUUGCUUUUUUGGUGUCCAUCUAUAGUACAUAAAUUCAGUUUCUGAAAUAAGAUUUUACUGUUAAUUUCUUCUUCUUUUUUUUUGCUUUCAUCCUUUAAGUAAUCAUUCCCAUUUUGUCCCCUGACAUUACAAGAACUAUUUUACCACAGUUGUGGGUUAAAUCUUUUAUAUAUAUUUUAUGUCUGCACGUCUAUGUUCAAAUCCAUUACAAGGAUGAUUUAGAUGUAUUAUUAUUAUUGUAUUAUUGAUUAUUGUCAACAUAUUUAUGGUUUCAUAUUAUAAUUCAUGGUAUGUUUGAUUUACAGAUUGUAUUGAUGACCUGAUUAGCACAUGUUUAUAACAUCAUCCCUAUGAUGUUUUUAUAAUGGAAGGACCUUAGAACUAACAUAAAUCUCUAACAAAGAGCUGUCAAACAUUAAAUGUUGCCAUCUGUAAAUAAAUGAUACAUUUGCCAGUUUUACAGUGUACAGGA